AUGGCUGCUGGCGGCACCAAAGCCAUUGGCUCCGCCGCCUGGAUUGCGGCGGAAAAGGAGAAUGUCACGCGUUUGCUGGAACAGGAGAUGGAGGAAGUCGAGUACCCAGUCCGUCACGAGAUGGACUGGUUGAACGAACAUAUGGCUGAGAUCUUCUCAACUAAUCAAUUUAAUAUGAUGGAAAUUUUCAAAACACCUGGAAAAUUACGAGGCAGAACUCCUUACACUGCACGGAAGCGCAAUCCAGAUGAAGCGCGUGUGCCUCUCAGUAAUUUGUUCUCAACCGCAAACCAGAGCCUCAGAUCACCCUCCAAGUAUUCCAAGUCGCCCGAGAAGCCAUCCUCUUCUCGAAUAGCAAAUGCCCCGGCAGCUGAAUCGGCAUUACCGCGCAAGCUUGUCAACGACCAACCACAGGGACCGAUCCAGACUCCAGUCGGGAAUCCUAUCGAUACAGCUCCUGAAAAGCCAAUAUCCUAUCCACAACUCACGACUGUUGAUAUCAAAGGCAAACAACCUAUCCGGGACGUACCGCUCAACAAAGCUCUCAAUUCAUUUUCUACAUUCAACACCGACUCAGGAUAUCAUGGCUUGGGUGAUGAUGACGAGCUUGUCCUGCCGAGCACACAGCCUUUGCCCGAAACCCAAGUCUCGACUACUACAGAUAUGCAAGUCCCAUCAAUGCUGCCGCUUAACAGUGGCAUGAGCAACAGAAAAAGUUUAUCCGUGGAUAGACGCACGACCGAAGGCUCUUUCGUGUCCGCCCAAGAAAACAUUGUCUCCCGUGGACAAACCGUGGAGCCCAUGGAUGUCGAAGAGGACCUGCCAGAUAUAGCUGACGAAGAAACGCCACGUCCCAACGUCAAAUCUGUCCACGUACCAUCGGCUUUCUCGGAAAAGCCUCAAGACAACCAGGUAGCGUCCCCAGUCAAAGAUGAUCUUGAAAAAGAUGGUGAUGUCAUUAUUGACGACAAUUUUGAUGACAUUGGAUCUCCGUCCGAUGGAUCAACUCCAGCUCGACCUGCCAUGCGGAAGAAUAGUAGUUUUGGCUUUGCAUCAUUACCUCCACGCGACCCGCUGAUCAAGAAGAGCAUGGGCCCACGAGUUUCUCGCACUAGCCAUGUUGAGAUGAUAAAGUCGACGACACUGGGACGCCAAAGCUACUUCACUGGCCAUAUGGAAGGAUCUAAAUCAGCUUCUCAAAAUACCGCCACAGAAAAGGAGGAGCUGCAACAAGAUAACACAAAAACAAAGCAAUCACAGCAGGGUGAGACCGAACAAGCAUAUGAUACGUCUGUGCUACAUAACAAGUUGAAUACUCAGCGUCUUCAUGACAAAAUCAGUAUGCUUGGCGAGACCCGGGCUCCCAGAACGACGAAGACGGCACCUUUGUCUCAGGCAGCUAUACCACAAGCCAAGUACCCCGAGUUGCCCGACAUUAAAAAUACCAACGCAGAUUUGGAGCGCAUUCCUACCUUGGCUUCAACCACUCAAGAGGAUUGGAUCAAGCCUCUGUCGUCUCCGCAGAGGCCAGUAAUAACGGAGAGUCAGACUGCAGAUGUCAUGGAAGGAGUCGCGGACAAUGAGACAAUUGUAAAUCUGGAAAGGGGCAAGAUGACACGCACGGAAACUUUCCAUGACUUUUCUGAGAAAGGCUCUCGCACACCGACGAAACGUUCAAUCUUUUCCGCCUUCGAUCAGCACAAACCUGUAUCUGUAUCUACGCCCCCACCUCGUCGAAUGGAUUCACCUGCUCAACCAACUUCUAACACAAAUGCUGGGUCGACGACAUCGCUUGCAUCUCCAAGGCGAAUUGAUGGCACGCCAAAAUCACGAUUUCAGUCAAUCAUGGACUCCGCAAAGAGCCUUUUUUCGAGCAGUGCUGGUUUGUCAGCAGCAGCUAAGUUGGAGACGUUGUCGUCUCCAAGCGCUCUCCGUUCUAAGCCAAACCCCCAGCUCGUGGAAAUUAGUCCCGAGCGCUAUUCGCCAAGUCCGGAGAGGUUACCUGCACGAGAUCAAGUCACAAACGAGUCGAAGGGCAAACAGGCUACCAAACCCAUUCGGCUCGAGGAUCCCUUCGAGGCAGAAGAACGAAUCCGCCCAACAGCAAAAGCGACCGUACCCAGUGCUAGUAUAGAAAGUCGACAGAAAGCGGAGUCGAAAGAACGUGAUAUCCCCGCAUCAUCGACCCGCGCCAAUGCUAAGAUAGCUCAGCCAGUACAACUUCAUGCACGAAAAGACCCAGGAACUGCAGCUGACUUAGAACCCAAAUUUCCUCUUCCACCUACUACGAAUUAUAGCCAAUCGCAGCCUACGAGACCUCGGCCUGUCAAACCCACCCGAGAACCGCCGCAGAAGCAGAGACCGCAACCCGUGUCGAUUCGUCUUGGUACCCGUAUGCCGAUACCGUCCGUGGCUCCUAAUUCACAAGAACCUAGCGCAGCACCAUCAUCUGUUCCUGCCAAGCAGCCUACACUAGCCAAGAACCCAAGUAAUUCUUCUCUGCAUACGACGUCAUCAAGCACAAGCCUUAAGAGCUCAACUUCCACCCAGUCCCAGCGCAGGCCACAUGCGGCAGCAGCAGCGGAAGCCAAGAAACAGGAGGAACGGGAGGCGAUGUUCCAUAAGGAAGAGCAGAAGAAACGUGCUGCCUUACUCAAGCAACAACAAGAAGAAGCGCGACGUCAGGAACGGGAGCGCUCUGUUGCAGAAGAGAACAAGAAAGCAGCACAGCGACAGCAAGCUGAGCAGCGUAGACUCGAAAAUUCUCGUCUUAGGCAAGGGAGCCAGCCACCGAAACCAGCCAAUGACUUGGAAUCGACAUCUCAGCAAGAAAACGCAACUCACAGAACUGAUGUGGGACCAGCACGACCACCUUCGCGAUUGGGCUCGUCGGUGCGGGCCUACAAUCGAUCAAUCAAUCAGCCCCCACCCAAUCCAGCAAAGCCACCCAAAAAGAGGCCUUUAGAAGAUGAACCCCGGAGUCAGGCAUUUGUGUCACAAGCCAAAAGCCAGGUCGUCGAACCGAAGAGGAGGAAGACAGAGGAUGAAUACAACCAGCAACAGUAUAACCAAACUGCUCCAUUGAAGCAGCAACCUAUACGCAAGGAAAAUGGAAAGCUUUCGCUUUUGGGACAUACUACUUAUCCACAGGCACCUCCGCCUGCAGCACAUCAUCACACAGGCUCAAUGUAUAAGACUGGGCCCGUGCCACUGGGUACAGCGGGCCAGCCACUGAAGCAUGCAGCCCCGAUGGACAUGGCGCAGUUUGCCGUUGGAAAGAUUUCAUUCGCACCAGCUCACGCUACACAGCCGGGUACAGCACACAAGACCCCCAGUCAUAAGACACCUAAGGCUGGCCCUAGUGCUCAACGUGUGCCUGCAAAACCAUCCCCGCAGUACCCACCCAGCGAGAGUAUCCAUCUUCCUGAACCGCCGACUGACAGUGAAGAAGAGGAUUCUGAUGAGGACAUGAUACCGGCACCAAACUGGGCACAGGGCGAAGAACUGCAUGCUGCCCUGGCUUCACAGGAGGAUGUGGAUCCGGCUGGAAUCUUUGGAGACAUACCAAUUUUCACAUUGGAAGAUGCGUUCAAGAACGACAAGAAGAUUAAAAAAUUCCGCGAGCGCACAAGCAGUGCCAACUGGGGUGGACCGGAUGGCUUGACUCAAGAAGAGAUCAACCGUGACUUGGCAGCACGUCGGGUAAUGCGUGCAAAUGGCGGGKGGUCAUUCAACUUAUCGUGA